AUGCCCCCCAAGAUUAAGCUACCACCGAACUUCGAUAGGUAUGACGGGACGAGAGACCCGGAGGAUCACCUCCAUGCUUUCAAGGGGGCAGGACAACUGGGGCGAUGGCCCAUGCCUGUUUGGUGCCAUAUGUCCGUACAAACCUUAACAGAGGGAGCCAAGCUCUGGUUCGACAGCCUCCCUCCUGGGGGAAUUGACAGCUACGAGGAGCUAAGUGAGAAGUUCCUCAGGCAUUUUGGUCAACAAAGAAAGGUAAUCAAAAACCCAAACGAAAUCAUGCAUAUAAGGCAAAGGGAUAAUGAACGGAUAGAUCAAUACAUGGAAAGGUUCAUAAAGGAAAGUAUGAAUAUCAAAGACGUCCCGGAGGUCAUGAAAAUCAUCAGCUUCAUCAAUGGGCUGAAGCAUGCACAAAUGUGCGAAAAACUAGGGGAAGAGUUCCCACACUCAUUCGACAAUCUCAUGGAUAGGGUCAGGGCAUUCGUCAGGGGCAAGGACACAGUUAGCAAGGCUAAGGAGAUGGACACCCUGGCCCGGAGAAACAACCCAGCUCCAAAACCUCCAGAAAAAGGUACGCCCUACUCACGAAAACCGGCUUUUGACAAAAUGUUGCAUGACAGGACAAGACCCAUGUACUCCCCGUACAGACCCCGGGGUAGGGGGUCACUCCCUUACUCUGAUAGCUUCACUCCUCUCACUAAAACCCCAAGUGAAAUACUGGCUACUGAGAGGGUGAAGAAUUCUUUUCCAAGGCCACCACCCAUAAAGCCGGGACCAAAGGCACAACCGAACGAAUACUAUGACUUCCACAGGGGUUUCGGCCAUAAAACCGAUGAUUGUAUGUAA